AUGAUAGCUUCGCUCUUUGUGAAAGGAGAUCAGUCAUCGGUUGUUGAGAGCCCUCUUCGAGAAAACACUAAGGAAAAAUGGAAUGUUGAUUUUAUCAUUAUAGAAGCUGGAUUAAUUCAACAACCCCGCAAUGAAUUCUGGGGGACAAAAUCGGGAUCCUGGAGCAUCAAUGAUAGGAAUGAUGAAUCCUCACACUCCCCAUGGAGGAGGAGGGGUGCCUAUGGUCAGGAUGCAGUCACACCCUCUUCCUCAACAUCAUGGGGCUCUUCACCACAUCGUCAGUUACCAACAUCAGGUACAACAGGAGGCCGCAGCUGUGCUGGAUGUGGGGGUAAAAUUUUGGACCGGUUUCUUUUACAUGCCUUGGACAGAUAUUGGCAUAAUGGGUGUUUGAAGUGCUCUUGUUGCCAGGCAACGCUAGGCGAUAUCGGUAGCUCCUGUUUCACCAAAGCUGGAAUGAUUCUCUGUAAAAAUGACUACAUCAGGAUGUUCGGAAACAGCGGAGCCUGCAGUGCCUGUGGUCAGGUUAUUCCAGCCAAUGAGUUUGUUAUGAAAACGCAAGGGAACGUCUACCAUUUGAAGUGUUUUGCCUGCGUAAAGUGCCACAAUCAGUUAAACCCCGGUGACCGUUACAACAUCUUAAACGGCAGCGUAUUGUGUGAACAGGACUGUCUCAAGAUUUUGAAGGGUGGUACAGGAACAACUCGGAAAGGGAAGGUGCGCGCCAACUCGGCCAUCAAGGCUGUGUGAAUGAUGUUAGAUCUAAACGGCAUGCCUAGUUACGUGGGUGAGCUCAAUGCUGUUUUAUCUUUCUGGCUCAAAGACUAAAAGAUUUCUGAAUAUUCAAAAAUGAAACAACAAUAGUUAUUCCCUCACUACUAGAUCAAAAUGAAGAUCACGUGCACACUGCUAAGCCUAAUCUCACUCUUCAAUAUUCAUAGUCUGUGUCCCUAUUCCAGUGAACCACUAGUAACACUUUACCUAUAUGUGUUUCUUAGAGCAGCGCUAUCACGUCAUAAGAACGAUGGGUGCUUGGAGACUUGCUACAACUCCCAAGAAAAGUAUGCUCCAAACAGUGUGAGGUAUUUCUAAUAGAGCAUGUUUGACAACAUAUUACCGACAAGACUUAACAUUAAGGUAAGAACACUAAGCCUAAAAAAAAGUGAGGCACGUAGCAGUAGUUCUGGAAAUCUGGAGGUAUCACGUGUUGCUCGAGGAACUGUUCGAAAGAAUUGUACUUCUGUGUAUUGAAAACUUUACCAUUAGAGUUUUGUGAAUUCUUUAAGAGAUAUCAAACUUCGAAAGUUUCAUUUGUGUAGGAUGAACUUCACUUGACAUUGAUUGUUUCGACUACGCUAAGGUAACGAAAGAAAUAAAGACAGUUAGAUAUUCUGUGAGGUUGUCAACUUUAAAUAAGCGAGAAAAAAAUGCGUGUAUAAAAAAAGGAGGUUUAAAAUUGUGCUUAAAAAAAACUAACAAGUUUGAUGAAAAAAAACAACAAGUAACUAAAGUUGUGUAGACAUAAAGUAAAUCUUAUUACAUUAGUCUCCCGAUGUCUUGGUGUUUGUGGUCAUUUCUGCGAUUGAUUGGUAUUGGGAGGUUAUUUUGUGUGAAAGACAGAAAAAUCGUAGAUAUAUGAUUACAGUCCAAAUAUGAUAAUUAUAUCACAGACAAUGUACAUUGAAACACUUGGAAAAUAGUUUAACUAUAAAGGUUCAAUUAAACAUAUAGAUACAUUAAUUAUUAUUAUUAUUAUGCCGGGCAUUUUUAAAAUGGUGAAACGUUUCGGGACGUUUUUUUACUGUAUUUUAUUAUCUAUCUAAAUGUCUAAAUACACGCAAGGCACACGGUUUUAAGGAAAAUGUCGUAACGAAUAAUGACAUAGGCUUUGUAUAUAUAUAUAUAUAUAUUUAUACACAGAUCACAUGUAAGAAACAUGAAAACACACGAUAUGAAAUAUUAGGAAAUGUUAAGUUCUUCGUGGAUUUUGUUUUCUCAGGUACCAACUUCUAACGGUCAGUAUUCAAGUUUCGUUUUCAAAUAUCUGUACAGCCAAUUGUUUUUGUUUUGCCAUAUUGACUCACUGCUUUGUAUUACAACAUAUGUCCCCAACAGUGAACGUAUUAUGAUAGAAAUAAAGUGGUCAUAUUCUUGAA